ACUGUCUGCAACUUGCAACUACAACAUCUAGCAAAGCAAGAACCUUUCUUCUUCUUCUCUCUUCUUAGAUUCUUGUCUGAAAACUUUCCUUCCAUUUUCUCUCAAUCUCUCACUUUCAAGAUGCCGAUCAACAGAGACCCAUCAACACCUCCUCCUGUUAUCGGAAAAAUCGGUCCUUACACUGUCUUUAUGACUCCUCCUGCAACUCCUAAACCACCCGAAUCUCCUUCUGCCGUCUCUCAGAAGCCUGUGAUGGCACCACCGGUUCUUCCUCCGCCGCAGCAGUUUAAGUCGGUGGCUUCCUCUGAACAAGACGGUUCAGUUUUGGGGUUCUUUAAAAACGCCGUCACAAAGGUUCAAAAUGCACAUUCAAGUGUGGAUGAUCAUUUGGUGAGAUGGUUUGGGUUAAACCAAUCUAAGUAUCAGUGGGCUUUGGAUGAGUACUACGAAAGCAAAGAAUCAGAUAUGAAGACCGUGAAAGCAAAGGAGAUGCCGGGGAAAGUACAGAGUGUAUAAGCAACCAUAUAUAAACUUCUUUCCUCUUUGGCCAAUUCUAAAACCUGCUUGAGUCUUGAGGAAAGUUUUCUUCAGAUGAUCGAUCAUUGAAUCCAUUUAAUCUUAGCGAUCUCUUUUGGUAUAUUUUCAAACCUAUGUAGCUCUUUGUAGUUUUAUGUAACAAUGGUGAAAUCUCCAAAGCAAAAUGGAAAUGCCAUUGAUCAUUUGGUUUGUUGUAAGUUUAAUCACAUUAUUUA